GUAGGAAAUAUGCCAAAGCAGAGACACUGAUGACAGUUACAGAUGCUGUACAUGAUAUUGCAUUUGCUCCCAAUCUGGGACGGUCUUUCCAUGUACUUGCUAUUGCCACCAAAGAUGUGCGCAUCUUCAAACUGGUUCCACUUCGAAAGGACAGCUCUUCUUCAGCGCCCACUAAAUUUGAGGUGCAGGUGCUGGCCCAGUUUGACAGUCAUAACUCUCAGGUGUGGCGUGUCCGUUGGAACAUCACCAGUACACUUCUGGCUUCCUCUGGUGACGAUGGUUGUGUGAGACUUUGGAAAGCAAACUACAUUGACAGUUGGAAAUGCACGGGUAUUCUAAAGGGAGAUGGUAGUCUAGUAUCGGGUCAGCUUGGUGCUCUGAGCGGCGUCCUGGGAUCUGCUGCUGCACAGAGUGCUCUAAAUGGGGCCACUGGAAGAUAGCUGCUAUAUGAUAAGACCACCCUGAGGAAAUCUGGAGCUGAGCACUUCUAUGAUACUGGACUUCACACUGAGACCAACUGAUUGUGCUUGCUGGACAUGCAACGAUACUGGCACUUAACACGGGUCCAUUGUUAAUAUUAUUUUAACUGCAUUCAAGGAAUGUUUUUAAGUUGACUUUUCUUUCAACCUAUAGAAUUAUGUUUUACUCUGAACACAGACUGUUAAACGCACAUGGCUUUGUGCCCAUUUCAGAAUUUUGUAAUGAGUCCUGUUUAAAUGGAUGUUCUAAUAAAGAAAAGACACCAUGUCUGUGUAGGAGUAUAUUUUUUAUUUCAAUUGUUUUGUUGACGUGAUAAAGGAAAAAAGAUGCUGCCAUUACAAUGUUGCAAAAUAUUGGUCUAAUUGAGUUCACGCUCUUGUUAUUGUACGAGAAUCAGAAAGGUUAUUGUUUAAGCAACUGGGAUAUAUGAAGUAUUCAGAAAUAUUUGAGCUCGUUUUAUUUGAGUCAUGCAUUUCUACUUCAUUAGUAAAAGUACAGUAAUCCUUGCUGGAUUACUUUUGAUAGAUGAUUUGAGUUGCAUGUAUGAUCCAAAGUUUCUGUGAA